AUGGGUGCCGGCAAUUCGAAAGCAAAGAUUACGUCGCAGGACAAGGCCAUUCUAGACCUCAAAAUCCAACGAGACAAGUUGAAGCAGUAUCAAAAAAAGAUUAAUAUCGUGUUGGACAAAGAAGUGCAAGCCGCUAGAAACGCUCUACGUCAGGAUGAUAAGAAACGUGCUUUGCUCGCUCUCAAAAAGAAAAAGUACCAGGAGCAGCUUUUGGAAAAGACUGAGCAGCAGUUGCUGAAUCUCGAGGAGCUGACCCAAUCGAUUGAAUACGCUCUUGUGGAGAAACAAGUGUUGGAAGGUCUCAAAACAGGCAAUUCGGUGCUCAAGGAAAUCCACAAGGAGACUUCUAUCGAGGCCGUAGAACGACUCAUGGACGAUACAGCAGAUGCCAUUGCCUAUCAAAACGAGGUGGAUGAACUUUUGAGCGGCAAGAUUAGUAGCGAGGAUGAAGAAGAAAUCCUUCAAGAACUUGAGAGUCUUCAGCAACAAGAGCUCGAAGCAAACUUGCCUUCGGUACCUGAACAACCAUUACCGGGAAAACAAGUGGAGUUACCCAAGGUACCUACGCAUGAGCCAACUGCAGAAGAGGCGCCCAAAGCAAAAGAAAAGAAGAAGGAAGCAGAGGCAAUGCUUGCAAGUUAG